AUGGCAUCCCACCGUGCCGAUGCCAGCAAUUUUCUCGAUAAUCGCGGCUACAAGGGCCCUCUUAUCCGCGGUGUCAAUCCCGCUACCCUAUUCGAGAAAGCCGUGCGCGACCGCAUCACGGACUCCUACUACUGGAAGGAACAAUGCUUUGGACUGAACGCAGCGACACUAUGCGAUCGUGCGGUUGAGCUGACUGCGAUUGGAGGCACCCACGGGGUUUCCGAAAAGCCCACUCCGUUUCUCUGUCUCGCUUUCAAGCUGUUGCAACUCAACCCAGACCGAAACAUUGUGCUGGAAUACCUGAAUUUUACUGACCCCGUCGGUGAAGAGACGGAAACGACAGCGGAGGAACAAGCGCAGAGUAGCGUGAUGAAACAACAAGGAGACUUCAAGUAUCUGCGUGCGCUGGCGGCUUUCUAUGUCCGAUUGACGUUUGACGCGGUCGAUGUGUACAAAACCCUGGAGCCUCUUCUUCUCGACUACCGAAAAUUAAAGCGGAGGGUGGGAGAUUCCUUGGUUCUGACCUAUAUGGAUCAAUUUGUCGAUGACCUUCUUACCAAGGACCGUGUUUGCGGUACCAGUUUGUGGAAGUUGCCUUCGCGACAGCAGUUGGAGGAUUUGGACCUACUCGAGGAGCGAGUGAGUCCGUUGGCGGAGGAAUUGGAGGAAAUGGACAGGGAAAGUGAUGAAGACGGACAAGCCAGCGAGACACGAUCUGCCAGAAGUGCUGGCGAUGAUUGA